UAAAACCGUCUUCACACAUUUUUUUGCACAUGGGGGAUGGAGGCUCAGGGGGAGUAGUGCAGGAAUGGUGUUUAUACAGCCUCGUGACCUGCAAAUGGAGGGACGUGCGCACUUGGCAGCCGGAUCUAGGAGUGGAUAACAAGAAAAACAGGCCUCUGCCACACCGACUACCACUGUGUGUCUCUUCAAACACACAACACCAACAGGCACAUAGAAAGCCCUUUAACACCCCCUCCCCCCAUGUCUAUUUUUAAACUCCUAUACCGAAUAUAAGAUAGAUUCUUACUCAUUUGUAUGAUCUGCAGCACUUAAAAACACUCGAUCCGCCUUGCCUUUGUCUCAAACUUAAAGUACGGAAACCCGAAGCAACCCCCCCCCCAGUGUUACUUUCACCCAGAUACAAAAACAACAGGGCUAACAGUGCAGAGGAUUCCUGUUGACCUUAUAUGGGCAGUGUGGGGGUGCAGCAGCAACGAGCUUUCGUGGCAACCGUCCAGAGCGCUCGGAUUACUGCCGUUGCCAGGGCGAGUCAGCACCCAGCAACCGACAGCCUAAAUGCGCCACCUUAUUAACGUUAUCCUCCCGUACACGCUAUGUCGACUACUUUGUCUUCGUAUUUUACAUGUUUAAACGUUUUUUAAAAAGAGAUUUAAUAAAAAAAAAUCACCCGUGUAAAAAAAAAAAAAAAAAGACUUCCUGUUGAAUCACCGAGAAACGUCCUCGGGUUAAAAAAAAAAAAAGCCUCCACUCUCGCCGAGUGAGUGAGUGAGCCUCACCCAGUUAUGGCGCAGCAACAUUUUACAGCACAGUGCUCUCCUUUGUCUGUAGAGAAGCCAUUUUGAGACAAGAGAACAGCAGAGAAACCAUUGAACAAGUGUAGUCUAUCACCAAAAAGGUCUCUUUGGACAAAGGGAAGCAGUGAAAAUAUCCAAGAUUCCUCCCCAUAAGAUUCCUUUGCUCGUUUUUUUAAGACUUGGAUUACAUGUUGUGAAUACUAACUGUAAGUUUGCAAUAUCAAUCAAAAAAACAAAUGGGUUACAUUAUACAAAAAGUCAAUAGCCUUUUCUAUUUUUUUACUUUGCUGAUAACGUUUUAACCACAAUUAUUGUUCGUGUUGUCUGUCCUCUAUUAUAUAAUACAGCCUACUUACAUGUAGACAUAUAUAAAUUGACAAAUGAGUGAAAUAGCUCAAAAUCCAUUACCUUUCACAAAACAAUACUUCCUUGUGGUUAUAUAUUGGUGUAGCUCUGUGAGAAAUGUCGAAAUUGAAGAGGUUAUACUUGACUGCAAAUCCUGUCUUCAAGGAGAGAGAGAGAGAGAGAGGAGAUGGUUUGCAUAUUGCCCACACAGAUGAUGCUUGAAGAUGCAUAUUCGCUGGCUGAGAGGCAAUGCCUUACCACCACUGAUCAAAAAAAAAAAAGUUUUCAAAAGAGCUCUAUCUGUCGUGCUAAUGGAUUCCUUCCUUUUCAGGAGACGCUUUCCCACCCCUUAUUUAUGCCAUUAUUAGAGGAUCCGAAGAUGGAGCUGAAAACAAUCCUCCUGUCCCUGCGUUUAGGCCUGUUAACUGCAUUUCACCAAAGUGCUGAGGUAAAUAUUUUCACCAUAAGAGUCUUCCCUCCAUCUGUUUCCUCUAAGAUUUUUUACAGUCUUCAUUUUUUUUUUUUUUUUUUUUUGCACUGUUAUAGAAACUUUAAAAGGGAAAAAAAAAAGACUAACUGAGCUUUCUUAAUACAUUUAAAUGUGCCCUUGACGCAAGGUCAAACCGACGUUUACACUUUUGGACGCAUUUGGUUUUUAAAUGGCAAAUGGGCUGCACAAACCUAAUCGUGCCUGAAGUUGUCUCCACAGUUGUAGGUAGGGUACAACACAAGCCAUCAGGGUGUUAACCGUUGCUGUUGUGAGAGGAAAGUGUUUAAAGUCAUUAAUCAAAAGCAAAUGGGUUAUCAAUCAACAGUCAGAAAAUUGCAGGCAGUACUAUAAACUAUUGCAAAAGGCCAUUAAGUUACCCAUGGCCUGCUUUCUGUCAUUUGAGGAGCAAGGUAUAUAACCAGGACUGGUAGGCUGUAUAUUUAUAUGUCAGCAUGCCAGUGAACAUAUUGAAUAAAGUUGGCUUUUACAGAUUUCAACAUUUCUAUGUGAUAAAAUUGAUGAUAGAUCAAUAGAUAAAUUGACAGAACAUACUUUUAAUAACAGUAACUGCAUGCCUCACAUUUUAAACAUCACUAAAUUAUCAAAAUAGUUCAAUUAUUAUAAAAGAGUUUAACUUACUCAUUGCUAUCCUACAAGGCCAUAAAGUGCAAUGCCAACAACCAGCCAUCACACAUUGUCACUUUAACUGUGUUUUUUUUCUCUUUUUUCUCAAAUUCAACAUCUUCAAAACCAUAAAGCUGUUUAUUCACAACAUUUGGUUUUCUUUUCACUUAAGAAAUAUAAAUACUAUUAUAUGGGUGUGCCAUGACCUAGUUAAGACAAAGAUGGAUUCCAGGCAGAGGAAAAAAGGCUCAAAAUGUCACAGGGUAUUACAUCCAGUACAUUCUCUUCCUUCUUCUCAAUCCUUUAAAAGGAGGAAUCAUAGUUUUAUCAUAGUCCGUGAGAGAUGAGGAAAUCAAGUGUAAGAUCCCUUUUGGAACAAAGGAAACCCAUAUAGGCCAUUGAGUCCUGUUUUUAGGAAAAUGGCUGCCGAGAGCGCUCGGCCCCCUCUCUCUGCUCUCUGUUGAAGGACUCCUGAGCCGUGCUUCUAAUAGCAGACAGCUCCUCUGCUGCUGCGCUCUGAUUGGCCCGCCGAGCUGCCGCUGUUAACCAGCCAAUUGCCCGAGCACUGCAAAACACCAGGCAAUGUCAAACAAAAAUCCACUUCUGCUCGACAAUAUAAAAAUUAUAAACUUAAAACGCAAGAAAUCCACAGCGGGGUUUUGAGUUGAUACAUAAAAGUGGAAAGCUCCGCGGUUGUUUUAAUACAUUUUUAAAAAAAAAAAGAAAAAAAAAAAAGAUCCCACACACGACGGUUUGGCACUAGUUUGUCGGUCCGGAUUAGACUAACUGACAAGAGAGAGGGAGACGUUGCAAACCGCCGCAUUCCGACGGUUAUAAACGGUUAGCUCGACUGUUUAAUUCAACCCCUCACCGAACCGAGGUUUGUAUUAACUGCCACACAUUAGCAGUCAACAACUGGCUCUACGGCGGCGGAGUCCCCCCCAUCCGUUUGUUUCCGUUUUCCAGUAUGGCCACAACAUGCUUGAAUGUGUGAACGACAACAACCAAAUCCAAAAAAACCCACCAAAAAAAACCAACCUUCGAGUAAAAUAAUUUUUAUUAGCUUUUAGUGUCAGUUGAGAAAAUAUUGCCCCCUGUGUCUAUCUUGUGUUUGCCGUGUGGGUAAAUGCAGUCGGCAGAUUCCACACAAACAUGAUUUAAAAGGUUUAGAGACACAAAGCCGUUACCGGGCUCCUGUUAAUCUCACGUGCCCAUACGAGCGUUACUAUGCGAUUUAUCUUUCCUAAAAACAAAAUAUAUACAUUUUUAACUCAAGCAGCUACAGCGACAUUCACGCUUAUGUGGAAAUAGAAAUAAGUUCGUGGCGAAUGUGCGGCUAGCAUCGGAGGAGGGCAAGCCUAGCGGUGUAUUGUGGGAGAGACAGAAGCUACAGACCAGAGGCACACAAUAUGUGUUGGCUCUCACCGAAAAGGAGGCAGUAUUCUUCAAGCUAAAUCAUGUAAUGUAAGCGGCGAUAAGGAAAGCGGUUUCGUCUUUUCAUCAAUUAAAGAAAAAUCACUCGAUCGGACGAACCAUGUCCAAGCCGGGGGAGAGAAACAGAUUGAACGAAGACCAUGGCAGAAAGCAGAGUUCAAGUCUGGCGAACGGCAUGGACAGUCAUCCCGUCUGCGGCUCGGCGGAGAAGCGGAGUCACCACUGGAGAAGUUACAAGUUGAUCAUCGACCCGGCGCUGAAGAAGGGGUCACACAAACUGUACCGCUACGAUGGACAGACUUUCAACAUGCCCAACCCCGGGAUGCCACCAGUGGACAUCGUCCGAGACCCGAGGAUCGGUCGUCUCUGGACUAAGUACAAAGAGACGGACCUACCGGUGCCCAAAUUUAAGAUCGACGAGUGCUACAUCGGCCCCGUGCCUCCAAAGGAGGUGACAUUCGCCAGGCUCAACGACAACAUACGGGAAGGAUUUCUUACCGACAUGUGCAAAAAAUUUGGAGAUAUCGAGGAGGUCGAGAUCUUGUACAACCCCAAGAACAAAAAGCACCUGGGAAUCGCCAAAGUUGUUUUUGAGACCGUGAAAGCCGCCAAGGUGGCCGUGCAGUCGCUCCACGACACGUCUGUUAUGGGAAACAUCAUCCACGUGGAGCUGGACCCGAAAGGUGAGAAUCGCCUUAGGUACUUCCAGCUCCUGAUGAACGGCAGCUACACUCCGCGGACGCUGCCUGUUGGUGGAGAGGAGGCCAGAGAGGUUUCCCCUCGUAGCCUGGCAGAAGCCUUACUGGCCUGCGAGCCCAUCCGGAGAGUAGUGUCGGAGAGUAGUGUAUCUGCUGUCGGAGGAACAUUGCCAUCCAGCAGCUCCACCACUCCUCUGUCCCUGGAGACGGGCUACUCCAGCCUGAGGCAGGACACACCCCAGUCCCAGGGAACCCCUCACACCCCACGGCAGACAGGUACGCCCUUCUCUCAAGACUCCAAUUACUCCAGUCGGCAGUCCACCCCCGCGUACCAGUCCAGCCGGCCUGAGAGCUCCGGAGGUUACAAAUCUCGCAGACACGAGAGUAAGUUCCAGGAUGCAUACAACCGCAGGCCGGAGAGGCCUCAGUACCGCAGCAACAUGUAUCGAGGUACGACGUCUGAACAAGCUCCCUUCAAACAGCACCAACUCACCCCACCUGAACCUCCACCCUCAACCCCCUCCUUCACCUACACGGCGCCUCCCCCUGCUACACCCAACUUCAAGUCCGCCUUCUCACCCUACCAGGCUCCUCUGCCCCCCGCGUUCCCCCCGUCAGAGCCAGCUUUCCAUCACCCAACCCAAAGGGAGGGUGAGUACCUCCGACCACCGCAGCCGCCUCUGGCAGCCGCCACUGACUUUUUACCCGUCAAGGAGAGACCAGAAACUCCUCCGAUCCCCGAGCCCCCGCCAGAACCCGUUCCCCAUCCGACCACCCCUCCACCACAAACGCCAGAGCACUGCCCCUCACCCGGCUCCCCCACACUGGAUCCAGAGCGCAAUAGCCUGGAUUCCCGCAUUGAGAUGCUCCUCAAGGAGAAAAGGACAAAACUGCUGUUCCUGGCGCGAGACUCAGACACUGAGGUGCGAAUGGAGGGAAGUCCGAUUUCCUCCUCGUCCUCCCAGUUAUCCCCGAUUCCCCCUUACACAAGCGGCUCCCAAGGUGGCCAGCAAAAUUCCCGUCCCUCCAGCACAGGCUUGGAGGACAUCAGUCCGACCCCACUGCCAGACUCGGAAGAUGAAGAGCCAAUUCCUGGAACUGCAUCCCUGAUCAAGAGAAUCAGCUCUCCUGUCCCGGAGAAGAUGAGCAACAGUGACCUCAAAGAUGGACAUUUUCGAGGCCACACUCCCACAGAUAAAAUGGACACAGCCCAUCAGUCGUCAGGAGAAGACAUGGAGAUCUCUGACGACGAGAUGCCAGGGACUCCGAUCACCAGUGGAGACUGUGGCAAGGGCAUCGUUGUAAACUCUGCAGUGUCCCCGAUGCAGACCAUUUCCAUCCCUCCUCCCGGCUUCGCCCACCUCCAACACCAGACCGGCUUCGCCAUCACACAUCACCACCUGCCCCUGGCUGGUCAUCCCGGAGUGCCUCACCAUAUGCUGCCACACAUGGGUCCCUACUCUCAUGGCAUAAUGCCACUGAUGCCAGUGGACAUGAUGGGUGGCUUGCGGUGGGAACAGUGGAGCACCGUCCCCAUGUCCUUCCAGAUGCAGCAGCAGGUGCUUAAUCGCAUGAUUCAGUGUAGAGGGUCCUAUCAGUAUCCACAUUUUAUGGACAGUGGUGCGUCUGGGCCUUUUGGGGCACCCUAUGCGCCCCUGUCUAUGGGUGCCACACCUGCUAGCAGCGCAGGAGCACCCGGACAACAGUGGCAGCAUCCCAGUAUACCAAAGUUCAACCCUACUGUUCCUCCACCUGGAUAUGAGACUAAAAAAGAGGAUCCACACAAGGCCACUGUUGACGGUGUGCUGCUGGUCAUUGUCAAAGAGCUGAAGGCCAUCAUGAAGAGGGACCUCAACCGCAAAAUGGUGGAGGUGGUGGCGUUUAGAGCCUUUGAUGACUGGUGGGAUAAGAAGGAACGCUCCGCAAAGGCGUCUUUGACUCCAGUGAAGGGUACAGAGGGGAAGGAAGAAGAAAGACCUAAACCUAAAGAGACAAUGGGUUCAAGUCUGCUGGAGAACUGGAAUAAGGGCGAGGGACUGGGCUACGAGGGAAUGAACCUGGGAAUAAGUUUGCGAGGAGCUAUCCGCUUGCCCUCCUUCAAGGUGAAAAGGAAGGACCCACCUGAGGCUGCAUCAGCAGGGGACAACAAACGAGCCCGACCUUCAACUCCAGUGGAUGACGAGCUGGAGGAUGAAGACCGGGAUCGAGACCCAGCUGAGCUGCCCUUGGACGAUUCCAAAAUGGAUGCUGACGGUACGUCGUCAAAGCGACGGCACUCGCGGCCACUUGAACUGGACAGUGAGGGAGAGGAAGAAGUGGACACCUCAGGGAAGGAGGAGGAGUCUCUGUCUGACAGGGAGGAGGAGCCUGAUGAAACGAAGGCUACCGAUAGGCUGUUGUCGGGCAAAGAGAGUGGCGAUGAGGAGGGUGAUGAUGAAGACUCAUCCAGUGAGAGCGCUUCCUCGGAUUCGUCUGAUGAUGCCGAGAGUUCAGAUUCUUCCAAGGCCAGCUCGGACUCCUCGGGAGAAAGCGAAGACUCCUCUGAGUACGAGCUAAGCUCCGAAGAGGAAGAGGAUGAGGAGGAGGAAGAAGCCGAGGUGACCGUGGCACAAGAUGUGGACGACGAAGGCAAAGAGGUCAAGAUCACCUCGUCCUCUUCGUCCUCUACAACUUCGUCGUCCGAUGAAGAGGAGCGGGAGGCAGAGACAAAGGCACAAAGCCCUCUUACUAGACCAGUCCCAGAGGAUAAGGAGGACCAUAGGAGCAGGGAAGAGAUAAGCAGCAAGCCCAAACGCAGACCUCCCAGUCCCGAGGAGGUAAUGGAGGACCUGAAGCCACCAUCACCCAAAGGCAUCCCAGUCAAAGAGCCUGACAUCAGUGUUGGAGUCAACAUUCCUGUGGUGAAGUCUGAACCUCUGGAGCACGUAGCGAACCUUCGACCUCCCACUCCUACAGGUGCCCUGCUCGACAGCGACCAGGAGACCAAAGCCAAAGGUAAAGCAGAGCCUGAGGAAGUACCCUGCACCCUGGGUCGAUUAGCUCCAUCCCACUUAGAUGCAAAUACACCCGUCCCCAAAGCUGCUUCCGCAUCUUUAAUGCACCUUCCUCUCCCUCCUCACCCGGCAAUAGAAGGUCGUUCCCUCCUUCAUCCACCCCCUGGUCCCCUUCCUGACCUGCCUCAGCGGGCCAGGCUCCCCACAGACGAGGACAUCCCCCGCACGCCGGGCAGGGACCUGAUGGAACGUGCCCGAAGUCUGGGCAAGUCCCAGAGCACGGACACGGUGCCCAUCACACCUGGUAGCGAUGCCCCGCUGACGGGCAGCAGCUUGUUGCUUAGCUCCCCUCACAUCCCCGGUAGCCCCUUUUCCUACCCUGCACAGUCCCCUGUCCUUAGUGCUGGAGUCCCCCGCACUCCAGGAAGAGAUUUAACCUUCACCCCUGUCUUCCCAGACCCCACAGCGCUGACUCUUAAUAGGAAAAUAUCCUCUGAGAGCCUAGACGAUAGACCAGUCUUUAAGGAGCCUCCCAUCAGCGCCCUUCCUAACCAGGCUUUAUCAGCUGGAGCAGAGCUUUCAGCCAGUGUCCCUGAAGAUCUGCCUGCUGGUCUCACUGUAGAUGUCCCUGUGCCAUCAGAUACUGCUCCAUCAAAGAGGAAACCUGGACGACCCAAAGGCAAAAAGACCCAAGCUGUCUCUGCAGCUGAUGAGUCUUUGGAGCUCUCAUCCGAGUCCACCCCGCUGCCUCUUGACGCACACCUCGGCGAUCUAGCCAUGCAGAGGAUGUCUGCCAAGUCCCCCAACCAUCCAAGCCUCGACUUCCGGGAAAGUAAGGACGUGGAUCCUCAGACGGUCUUGCCCGCAGAAGACAGCUUCCUGUCUAAUGAAGACGAGGCACCCGUGGUCGUGAAGCCAGUGCGGAGGCCGCGGCGAGGCUGGGAGGAGCUUCUGCUGGGCAGCCUGUCCCCCGUCACCUCGCCUCCCCGGCCGUACUUCAACCGGCGCACAGAGUUUGAGGAGAUGACCAUCCUGUAUGACAUCUGGAACGAAGGCAUAGAUGAGGAGGACAUGCGGCUCCUGCAGAUCACUUAUGACAAGAUGCUUCAGCAGGAUAACGGCAACGACUGGCUCAACGACACACUCUGGGUCAACCAUCCUCCUACCAACAUCCCUGGAGUGAAGAAAAAGAGAAGAGACGACGGCAUGAGGGAUCACAUGACCGGCUGCGCGCGAAGCGAGGGAUACUACAAGAUCGACAAGAAGGACAAGAUCAAGUACCUUCAGAGCACAAAGCUGCAGUCAGAGGAGCCGCCAGUCGACACACAGGGUAUGAGUAUUCCUGCACAGGUCCACGCCUCUACCAGAGCUGGCUCGGAACGGCGGUCGGAGCAGCGUCGCCUGCUGUCCUCGUUCGCCUGUGACAGUGACCUGCUGAAGUUCAACCAGCUGAAGUUCCGUAAGAAGAAGAUCAGAUUCUGCAAGUCUCACAUCCACGACUGGGGUCUGUUUGCUAUGGAGCCCAUCGCAGCAGAUGAAAUGGUGAUCGAGUACGUGGGGCAGAACAUCAGACAGGUGAUCGCGGACAUGCGGGAGAAGCGCUACGAGGAGGAGGGCAUCGGUAGCAGCUACAUGUUCCGAGUCGACCACGACACCAUCAUAGAUGCCACAAAGUGCGGCAACUUCGCCCGUUUCAUCAACCACAGCUGCAAUCCUAACUGUUAUGCGAAGGUCAUCACAGUGGAGUCUCAAAAGAAGAUCGUGAUCUACUCCAGGCAGCCCAUUAACGUCAAUGAGGAGAUCACUUACGACUACAAGUUUCCCAUCGAGGACGAGAAGAUCCCCUGUUUGUGUGGGGCAGAGAACUGUCGGGGAACGCUGAAUUAACGUCCAUUCGAGGUCAGUCCUCUCCGGGGUGCGAGCAUGCUGUCCCCAGACUUCACUCAAGUUUUCCCGGAGGCACACGUCGAUAUGCGGGAUGAUGAGAAACUGAAGAGGGAAGGUUUUCUUUAGGAGAAAGAAACCUGCGAGUCGUCCGGAUAGAGUUCAGCUACCUGUUGCGGCACUCUUCACAUAUUUAACUCUAGAUUGUUUACGAUUUAUGGUGCUCAUGAAAUUAAAAAGAAACGCAUAGUUUUUUAUGUCUGCCAGUGACCCAGAAUUUACUAAACACUUGACUUGCUGGUGCAGCGUUUCCGCCCCUCCUCUCAAUGUUGGACAGUAUUUCAGCAUGGUUCCCUCCACUUCCAGCCCUGGUUUGUACAGUUUUACACUCCCCCCCCUCGUUUGUCUCAUAAGCUUUAUGUACACCACACGUGGUACAAAAAAAUCCCGACACAAACUUCACAUGUUCAGCUGCUUACUAAUGCUGUUGAGACGCACAAGCCCACCAGGAAAACACCUCUCUUUGUGGGUGGUGGUGGUGGUGGUGGUGGGGGGGGAGGAGGACAUGGUCGGCACCUGAGCAGAUGGCAGACGACGCUGUUUCCAUCCAGCAGCAGGCGGGGUGGCGGUGGAGUGUCGCUGCCACGCCGCGGACUGCAACCCUGCUUUCUUGCUCCUACCUCCUCUGCACCAGUUUUCUUGGAAAUAAAUCAAACUAAUUUAAAACUUUAAAAAAAA